UUUAGAUCUUUGAGCCUCAGAGUAAUGAGCAUUUGAGAUGCAGUAAAACCCUUCGCUCCCCUCUCCUGAGGUCAUGCACGUCUUCUGCAGCGUGCCAUGCCAAGCCCUCCUGCUGCUCAGGUACAAGUCACAUGUCAGGAUGUCUGCUGUUCCCGGGUGGGUGAGCUCUGGUGGAUCCCAGCAGCAGCACACUGACUGCUGACCCCUGCAUGGCCGAGGAUGCACCAGUGUGUCUCGCCUCCCUCGGUCAAUCGGUUUCCUCCUUAGUGCCCUCUUCUUUUCUCUUCCAGCCCUUCAACUGCAAAACUCAACUCCUCUCCUAUUUGAUCUUGUGUGUUGCCAAAAUGCCGUUCAUCCCACCUGUGUCGAUUGUACGCUCCGUGUCAGGACUGACUGCGAAGGAGAGGCCUAUCAACAAAUCUGCAUCUACCACUACUCUGACGAGGGUCCAAAGAGAAGACAAAGGCAGCUCGGUGAAGGAGCGACUGGCUUCGAACCUCAAGCAGCUGGGAAAGAAGAGUCAACCUAGGAGUCAUCUGCCAACCGCCAAAGGAGUGUCAGCGGCAGAGCUGCAUGCAAAGAGAAGGGAGAGGCUGCUACCUUCAUCACAAACAGACAGCCUCCCAUUCUCCAGCUCCGGCGAUUCCCUGUCUAAGACACCGCAGCUCAAACAUGUGAGCUCCGUAAAGAGUGAACCAGAGGUGAAGGCGAGGGCCAGGAAUCAGGAGGAAAUCCGCUUCACACUGACUCUCACACCUGAGGCCGUUCUGCUGCUGCAGCGGAGGAACAUUGAGAGACGCCAACAUUCAGCGUCCAGAAACGCCGGAAGUGGAGGAGGCGUUUCUGGAGGCGCCUUGGAUUCCAGACGCAGGAGGGAAAACGCCUCUAAAAGGCAUCAACCGGCAACGCAGAGACACAGCACUCCAAACAGCAGACUCACUGCUAAAAACAGCGAGGCUGAACUGAGAGACAUAACUUCAAUAUUGAAAAUCUCACUUCUGAACGAGCAACACAAGUAUGACGAUGUGGAGUAUGAGGAGGAAGACCACAGAGUGGAUGAGCGGGUGGUGCUGAAAUGUACAGAGUGGCUCCGUGGGUUGGAAAACACACCGGUGACGGUGGUACACAGCCUGAAUAACAGUGCAAGCCGUGUGAAAAGUUUCUAAAAAGUGUUGGUGGUGUCGUCUUCCAACCUGAGAAUGAACUUUCUGUUUCUGUGUUGGCUAGUUGUUAUGUGAAGAUGUGCUGGUGCUCUGUUUCUCAUUUACUGGGCUUAGUGCUGCUAAGAUAUUCAUCCACUGUGACAGUGUUGAAGUUUUUAUGAAACUGCAAGAAUUUUAGCAAGUUCAUGAUGUUCUGGUCCUGCUGUUUUUUUUUUGUUGAUCCACCUCCUUCUCAAAGUCAGAGGGGAAGUAAGUAGGGCGUCUGUAGCUCAGUAGGUAGAGUGGUCGUCUUUUAACUGCAAGGUUGAUGGUGCGAUUAUCGGUUAUUACUGUCUGCAUGUCAGAGUGUCCUUGAGGAAGACACUGAAACCAAAGUUGCUUCCCGGGCGCUUUACAGCAGCCCACUGCUCCUACGGAUGGGUUAAAUGCAGAGGUUUGGACUCUGCAAAUUCCUCUCAGAAGUCCAUAGCAAUGAACUCUUGAUUUAAUUUUUAUAUUGCCUCAUUACAUUUUGACAAUCUUAUCUCAAGGUCAGCUCACUUACUAGCUUAAGCUUCCAACUGUCUUCAUCAGCAUAUGGACUUUGCUCAUUUUGUCAUGAGACUGUAGAUAUUCAAAUUUUGGUGAUUCUGAGCAUUUUUGACUACUUGUCCAUUUCGGCUUUAACGUUUUUUUAAGUAAAACUU